CAGCAGCAGCAGCAGCAGAGCAACAUUCCCGGGCAAAAUAUCGCAAACUCCCGGGAAGCUGUGGGCACGGGUGCGGCUAGUGUGCCUAUUCCAACUUUGCAAGCACUCGGAAGUGUGUUCGUCAACGCCGUUGCAGAGCAGUGGACUCAAGCUUUCGAGCAGUUGUUUCAUUCGUGGAAAAAGGGUGCACGUCAAAAUUUCUAUCUCUGUGCCUCUCAAAUGACUCUACUAUUUCUCAAAAUACCACCGCGUGAGACAACAACGAUUGCUGCGUUGCCGGAUGUGGAUGAUGAAUCGACGUGCUCGAGUUGGCGUAUCUCACCGAGUGGUGAAACGUUUCGAGUGAUUAUCACGCCGACCACAUUGGGAUUCCGAGAAAAGUUACGGAAUGAGGGAAUUUCUUAUCGAAUGUUGAGCGCACGUCGUACUGCGACCGCUAGUGGACGUCUCAGUCGACUGGUGUCGAGUGUGGCCACCGAUGAGAUGGUGGUCCAUCCGCCAAGUUCUGGUCGCAUCUUGGCCAGGAGUGAAAGCCAGCCGGCCCAUCAGGCAAUGGCAUCGUUCCAUUUGGACGAUAGGGAAAAUUCGGAUUUGGACAAGUCGUCCCCGUCGAAUUUCGGCGAUUCGAUCGUGACUGCUGAGCAAGAGGAAGGUGAAGGAGAUGAGAAUGAAAGGUAA